AGCACAGGCCCGCGAUGCCAGGCGCCCUGGGACACGCCGGGAUCCUCGGGGGCCAGGUGACCAGGCCAGCCCAGCUCCUUCAGAGGCAAAAGAUGGCCGAUGCUUUCUGUGUUGGAGGAGGGCGCCGGCUGCAGGGGUCCGGCAGGAGUGGACCUGGGAAGGACAGCAGCCGGAAGGAGGUCCGCCUGCCUGUGCUGCACGACCCACCGAGGCUGGGAAUGCCAGUGGUUCGAGGUGGACAGACGGUACCCAGCCAGGCCACGCUCUGCUUUGACCCGGGGAGUCCAGCCAGCCAUAGGACAGAGGGGAAGAAGAAGGGGCGGCCGAAAGCUGGGAACCAGGCCCUCCGAGACAUUCCUCUCUCCCUGAUGAACCAGUGGAAGGAUGAGUUCAAGGCUCACUCCAGGGUGAAGUGCCCAAACUCGGGGUGCUGGCUGGAGUUCCCCAGCAUCUACGGGCUCAAGUAUCAUUACCAGCGGUGCCAAGGGGGCGCCAUUUCAGAGAGGCUGGCCUUCCCCUGCCCCUUCUGUGAGGCUGCAUUCACCUCCAAGACCCAGCUGGAGAAACACCGUACUUGGAACCACAUGGACCGACCCCUGCCCGCCCCCAAGCCUGCACCCGUCAGCCGGCCAGUCAGCAUCAGCCGGCCUGUCGGGGUCAGCAGGCCCAUUGGAGUGAGCAAACCUGUCACUGUGGGCAAGCCAGUGGGCGUCAGCAAACCCAUUGGCAUCAGCAAACCAGUCACGGUCAGCAGGCCCGUGCCGGUCACUAAACCUGUGCCGGUCACCAGGCCUGUCCCGGUCAGCAGGCCCAUGCCAGUCACCAAGGCCAUGCCAGUUACCAGGCCUGUGCCGGUCACCAAGCCCAUAACGGUCACCAAGCCCGUGCCGGUCACCAAGCCCGUGCCGGUCACCAAGCCCGUGCCAGUCACCAAGCUCAUCACAGUUACAAAGCCUGUGCCGGUCACCAGGCCAGUGCCGGUCGGCAGGCCCCUGGUGGUCAGCAGGCCAGCUGCCAUCAGCCGACACUCCCCGCCCUGCAAGGUGGUGCUGCUGGCCAAGUCUGAGAACAGAGUACCGCGCACUGCGGGGAGGAGCAGCGGUAAGAAAAGGGCUGCAGAUGGGCUGGACGCCUGCCCCAUCCCGCCCAAGCAGCUGAGGCCAGAGAACGGGGAGUGCAGCCCGUCCCCCCCAGGACAGAGCUCGGCCAUUCAGCUGGGUGUGGACCUCGGUAGCUGCCCGCUGUCGCCCGGUGGCAGGCCCUCGGGGAGCGAAGAGGCACCCCGGGCUGCAGGCCCCAUGUCGCUGCCUGACGAGGACCCAGAGCGCACAAAGCACAGAAGGAAACAGAAAACACCCAAGAAGUUUACAGGGGAGCAGCCAUCCAUCUCAGGGACCUUCGGGCUCAAGGGCCUGGCCAAAGCCGAGGACAAGGCCCGAGUUCACCGCUCCAAGAAACAGGAGGGGCCCAGCCCCGAGGAUGUGCGGAAGAAGGUGUCGGCCACCUCUGUCACCUCUGUCACCACUGGCAAGGAGGCCCCGGCGCCUGUGGCCCACCAAGCCCCAGGUGGGGGCAGCCUGGUGGGGCCCAGGGCAGGCGGCCCUGAGGAGCACUGGCAACGGGCCAUCCACGAGCGGGGAGAGGCCGUCUGCCCCACGUGCAACGUGGUCACCCGGAAGACCCUCGUGGGGCUCAAGAAACACAUGGAGGUGUGCCAGAAGCUGCAGGACGCACUCCGAUGCCAGCACUGUAGGAAGCAGUUCAAGUCCAAGGCCGGCCUCAACUACCACACCAUGGCAGAGCACAGUGCCAAGCCCUGUGACUCUGAGGCCUCCAUUGGGAGUGAACAGGAGCGGGAGCGGCUACGCAAGGUGCUGAAGCAGAUGGGGCGGCUCCGCUGCCCCCAGGAGGGCUGCGGGGCUGCCUUCUCCAGCCUCAUGGGCUACCAGUACCACCAGCGACGCUGUGGGAAGCCACCCUGCGAGGCGGACAGCCCCUCCUUCCCCUGCUCCCACUGCGGCAAGACCUACCGCUCCAAGGCCGGCCACGACUACCACGUGCGCUCAGAGCACGCAGCCCCGCCCCCUGAGGAGCCUGCAGAUAAGCCCCCCGAGGCAGAGGACCUCCUGGGUGUGGAGCGGACACCCAGCGGCCGUGUACGCCGCACGUCGGCCCAGGUCGCCGUGUUCCACCUGCAGGAGAUCGCAGAAGAUGAGCUGGCCCGCGACUGGACCAAGCGGCGCAUGAAGGAUGACCUGGUACCUGAGACUGCACGGCUCAACUACACCCGGCCAGGCCUCCCCACGCUCAGCCCCCAGCUACUGGAGACGUGGAAGACCGAGGUCAAGGAGAAGGGCCACGUUAGCUGCCCCAACGACGGCUGUGAAGCCGUCUACUCCAGCGUGUCUGGCCUCAAGGCACACCUCGCCAGCUGCAGCAAGGGGGACCACCUGGUGGGGAAGUACCACUGCCUGCUGUGCCCCAAAGAGUUCAGUUCUGAGAGUGGCGUCAAGUACCACAUCCUCAAGACCCACGCGGAGAACUGGUUCCGAACCUCGGCAGACCCUCCUCCCAGGCACAGGAGCCAAGACUCACCAGUGCCCAGGAGGGAGAGAAAGAAAAGCCCAGCGGCUGGGAAGAAGCGGGGCCGUAAGCCCAAGGAGCGGCCCCCCGAAGAGCCCGCACCCUCCCGCCGGGACGACUGGCCUCUGGGAGGCAGAGACAAGGGGGCGCGGGGGCCCGCUGGCCGGAAGGUGGCAGCCGGCAAGGCACCUGAAAAGUGAGCCUGGGGGCCUGGCCCCGAGCUGGCCUCCAGGACUGCUCUGUCUAGGGCAGGUAGCCUGCUCUGGACCCCCUGUUAUCCUGUCUUCACUCCCCACCCCGCUCUCAUCCAUCCAGUGGGGGUAGCCAGCCCCUCCUCUGCCUGGAGGUGGCCCUUCCCCUCUCCAGGCUGGCGCCAGGGGGUACCAGGACGCAGUGCGGUAGCCUAGAGGCCGGCGCCCAGGGGCUGCAGUGCAGAGCAGGCAGCUGGCCUCCAGGCCUCUGCGUCCUAAGGCCCCGCAGGCCCCCAGCCUGGCUCGCCUGAGACUCAGGCGUCCCUAGUGACCAGCCGCCAUCAUCUGGCCUCGCCUCUACCCGACACUGGAAGUCCAGCACCCUAGCUACCUCCCAGGACAGCCCGUCUGACCACUGCCAUGCCGACUUGCCUCCCUCCCUCCUGCCCUCCCUUGGCUCCUUGGCUCUGCUUUCUACCUCUCCAGCCUCACCCCACACAGCCCCAGACCCUGCUGUACUCCAGGCCCACCCCUCCUAACAGCUUUCCUCUGCCAGCCGCCCGGGCCUACUUGGAGCAAGGCAGCCCUCGCAGGCAGCAGGAGCAGGGGUUGGAGGCCUGGGCAGAGGGGCAAGGCUUUGACACUGCAGGCCCAGGUCAGGCAGCCUGAUGGGGCAGGGAUGGCCCAGGGACGUGUGGGCAGAGGUCUGGGCACACAGGUCCGCAGCGAAGGCCGCCUUGUACCUGCCUCGUUUCUAGUCACGUGGUCACUUGAUGCAGGAGCUGAAGGCCAGCCAGUGAGGGCUGGGACAGGUCUUGGUGGGCUGGAGGCAUCUCCAGGUCUCCUGAGGGCACCUGGGUCUGCAGGUCAGGCAGGGGUCAGGGAGGAGCCAGGGUGCAGGAGGAGGUGCCACAGUGCCUCCAGCUUCCCUGGGCCCUGGCCUUCAGGAGCGCACUGUAGGGAGAGAGUGUUCGGAGGGUGGGUUUGAGCAGAGACCGUUUUCCAGUCGGGGCUGGGGUGGGUUGAGGGCUCAGCCUCGCUGGUCCUGGACUCUGUGGGUUUUGGUGUUUGCCCGUGUGCGUGUGUCCUGGGUGUAGUGGAUGCCAGUCUUGUUGCUGUGGCAGGUGACAACCUUUUUUUAAAUUCUGUUUUUUUAUACAAAAACUCACAAUCUGACAUUUUGGUGCUAAGGGUUUCCUGGGGCUGAUGGUAGGGCUGGGGGCUAGGCUUGGCCAGGCUGUUGGCUUCUGGAUCUGGAGUCCCUCUGCUUCUCAGGGAGGCAGUACUGACUGGGCAUCCCUCUGCCCUCACCCAGCCCCCAGGGAAAAGGGCCUCAGCUGGGCCGGGCCGUCCUGCCCUGCGGGACAGAAGGGAGGCAAACGGGCAGCUUUGGGGACUGGAAUCUCCUCCUACUUUGGCCAGAAGGCUCUGGCCCUCAGCAGCCUGGGCCCAGUCUGCCAAGGAGGGUGCAGGGUCCUGGACUUGUCCACUCCUACACGUCCUGGGGGCAGUGGGCAGCAGUGGGUGUGGGCAUGGGCUUUAGGGCAGGAAGGCGUUCUUCUGUGUCCCUGAGUGUCAGUAGGGUGUGCCCCUGCCGGAAGUGGCAGUAGGAUCAGCAGCCCCUGCACAGGCAGCCUCCACGGGGAGGGCGGGAGCUGGCAAAGGUCCAGGUGUGCUUUGUCCUUGUCACCAGUGGCAGGGGGGGGGCAGCCCCC